CAGCCUAAGCUAUGUGAGACCCUGUCCUCGCCCUCAACUCCACCCACUCUACUCCACUCCUUGACCCCCACAGGAACAACAGAAAGAAAAAAAGAAAGAAACUAACUCUGCCUUCCCAUACAGUGCCUUUAGAGAUAGGGACCCAGUGUACAAAUACCUAAUCUUGGGAGACAUUUGUCAUUUAAACCUUCAUAGAAGGGGGGGAAAUCUGCCUUCUGCUUGGAUGCAUGGGUGAUUGGAUAAUAGAUUAAUGUAUUUUCUGUCUUAAUAAAAUUGUUUUUAAUUAUGUGUAUGCCUGUGUGUGUGUUGGUAUGUGCAAGUGAGUACAGGUGCCCAUGGAGGACAGAGAAGGCAUCAUACCCUGCAACAAGAGUUACAGUUGGUUAUGAGCCACUCUGUAUGGAUGCUGGGACUUGAUCUUGUGAAUCUCUGAAAGAUCAGGAUGUUUUGUUAGUGUGGAUGUGUGAUGUACAUAUAGGUCAGGAGCAAGACCAUCAUACUUAGCAACGCGACAGCGGCUGUGAUCCCUGUACAUCAGGCUGCGAUCCCUGUACACCAGCUGGCUGCGAUCCCUGUACACCAGCAGGCUGCGAUCCUUGUACAAGACCUGCAUAAGAUCAAGCUAGGAAAUAUUUCCAUAUGCAGUGGGAGGUCUUCAUCAGUUCUGAGCCCUGACUGAGGAGUGAGUGACAGUUGCUGAUUUCUGGGGAGUUUUAAGGUGUGGACCCUGGUAGGCGGACCCACGGGCAGCAUAAAUGUGACUAGUGGUGUGUUUAUUUUUAUUUUUAAGAGGACACUAAAUUGGACACAUUAGAGAGGGGCGGGGAGAUGGACCUGGAGGAAUUAUUGGGAGGAGGAAGGGGUGAAUAUGAUCAAAAUACAUUGCAUGCAUAUAUCAAAUUCUCAAUUAAUAAAAAAGUAUAUUUUUAGAGAAAUGCUGUUUGAAGAAGGUAAGCAUGGGGGUGGGCAGAGAAAGAUACUGUGACAAAGUUUCUUCUCUUUUGGAAUCGUGUAUGUGUCUAUAUGAGGUGAAUUCGUGCACCUCAGUGCAGGUGCCUGUAGAGGCCAGAGUUGGAGGAUGACCGGUGGCCACAGCAGCCAGAGGCAGGAAGCUCCUGCUUUGGAUCAGGCCAGCUUGGCUACAUAGCCAGACACUAUCACAAAACAAAACAAAACAAAGCAACAUGGAUAUAUAAAUAGACUUACAACCCACCCACAUCCACCCAUCCCCGCUCCAUGAAACAACAACAAAAUCAUUUCCUGAUUUUACUUCAGGACGGCUGAGUCUCCGGAAGUGGAGUAAUAAAUGUGUACUUAAAACCCACCACACAAUGGAUUCGUAAGCAUGAAAGUUUAGGAAGCAAGGGCGUGUCCUGCUGAAGAUGGGGUGCUUUUGAAGUCCCCAGACCAAGCUAGGGUCUCUGCAUUUCCUAAACUUUCUAGAAGUGUUGACGCCUCCCUGGAUCGUGGCAUUGUGAGAUCAGCGUGCAGGGUGUGGGAAAGCAUCCAGCAGGGGUUGGCGCACUGGCGAUGGAGCAGCAGGAUGCGCCUCUCGCGUCAUCCCUGAGACGCUUGGGCUGCUGGGAAAGUAGGCGGGAGGCCGCCCCAGCAGGGGCAUCCCUGGACGCGGGCCGGCCAGGAGGGUGCGGUGCGGUGUCCAAGUCCAGGGCGCUCGACUCUUCCACCCAGACAUGGAGUCUUGCAACGUGGAGCUGAUUUUUGACCAUGUGGGACACUUCGGCAGGUAGGGAGGCAGAAGAGGAGAUGGAGCCAGAGUGGGGUGGCACGUGAUCCGGACGCUGAGGUGUCUGUUUCUGUCGGUUGGGAUGGGUUCCACAGCUUCUCAACCCCCUAUUUGACCAAUGCAUGCAGAAGUCUGUCCAACAGCCCAUGGCCUGGCUUGUCCUUUUGGCCACUGGCCACAGGAGGCGCUGGACUCUGCAUGGACUUGGCAGUUUCCAGAAGGUCCUGUACCUUGUAUGUGCCUACCAGAGCAUCUCUUGUGGUAUCCACUAUCUGUCUUCUGUGUUAAUGUCAAUUAUCCCUGAGCAUGCGUGCAAGCCCCCAGGCAUGGUGCGGAAGGCUGUUUUCCACAACGUAUCUGCUUGGAGGUUGGAGGACAUAUUGGCCCUGAGGUCUCCAGAGCACAAAGGUCACAUUAUGGUGGAGCUGCAGGAUGGGGAGAUCUGGGAGCUCACGAGAUGUAGCAGGAUGUGGAGGGAGAACACGUCCCAUUUGGGCUAUGAGUACAGUGGCUAUAAGCGUGACAGUCCUUGCUCUGAUGGCUACGUCUAUGAUCAGAGCAAGUGGAGGAAUUCUGUGGUGAAAAGUUUCAACCUGGUCUGUGACCAGAAAUGGUAUGCCAGCAUUAUCCAGCCCUUGUUUAUAUUUGGCGUGCUCCUGGGAUCAAUUACUUUUAGCUACCUUUCUGACAGGUUUGGAAGGCGAUUGGCCCUGUGGUGCACGAGCAUCGGUGUGUUCUUCUUUGGGAUCGCUUCCCUCUUUAUAUUUGAUUAUUUCAGCUUCAUGGUGGUGCGCUUUUUCCUUGUGACGGCUGCAAGUGGCUAUUUUGUGGUGGUCUUUGUCUAUGUGAUGGAGAUCAUCGGCAAGAAGUCUCGCACAUGGGCAUCCAUGCAGCUGAAUACCUUCUUUGCUAUUGGAGCCAUGUUGGUGGCUUUGGCAAGCUAUCUGGUGAGCACGUGGUGGCUCUAUCAGAUCACCCUGUGCAUAUUGACUUCCCCCUUCAUCAUGUGCUGCUGGAUGCUUCCAGAGACUCCCUUUUGGCUUCUCUCAGAAGGAAGAUACAAAGAAGCACAAGGCACAGUGGAUGCCAUGGCUGUGUGGAAUCAGUCCAGAUCCUGUGACCUGGUAGAACUCUUAUCACUAGAUAUGACAAGGUCCCCUGACAAAAGCCCCAAGGGCGUUAGAAAGCACAGACUAGCAGAUCUGUUUUAUAACCUGGAUGUCGCAAAGAUGACCCUCAUCGUUUGGCUGGGUUGGUUCACGGCAAAUUUGGGAUACUACUUGUUUACCAUGGAGGCUAUUCGGAGAAAAGAAAAUGAACCCCUUUACCUCCUCCUAGUGGGUGCCAUGGAAAUCCCGGCCUAUGUCUUUUUGUGCAUCUGGUUGAAGAGGGUGGGAAGAAGGAAGACCAUGCUCACUUUCCUCUUGGUGUCCUCGUUCAUCUGUGUGGCUUAUGUGGUGAUGCCCCUGAAUUACAAGACUGUGAAAAGAAUGGUAGCUUUGGUUGCCAAAAUUGUUAUAGGCUCCGUAUUCGCCUUUAUUUAUCUUUAUACGGCCGAGCUGUAUCCAACAACUGUAAGGUGCUUGGCUGUAGGGAGCAGCAACAUGGUGUCCCACGUGGCAAGCAUGGUCAUCCUGCUCACUACUCAAUUCUCCAAAGUCUGGAUCUUCCUGCCACAGAUUUUGUUUGGGAUCCUGACCAUACUGAGUGGACUGCUGUCACUGAAGCUUCCAGAAACCCAGAACACACCAAUGACAUCUACCUGGGAGACAACAGAACAGCAGGUGCCAGAAAACAAGGAUAGUUUAGGCGAAGCCCCUCCUGUUAUUUCUGAGAGGCAGGAUUCAGGCAAAGCCCUUUCUUUUGCUGAGAGGUGGGGAUUAAUCAAAGCCCCUUCUGGUGCUGGGAAGAAGGGUUCAGGCAGAGCCCCUCUUGAGGAUAAGAGUUGGGGUUCAGGCAGAGCUCCUCCUGAGGCUGGGAAGAGGGGUUUAGGCGGAGCCUCUCUUGAAGAUGAGAGUGGGGGUUCACAUAGAGCUCCUCCCAAAGAUGAGAGGGGUAGUUCAGGUAGAGUCUCUCUUGAAGAUGAGAGUUGGGGUUCAGGCAGAGCCCUUCCUAAAGCUGAGAAGUGGGGUUCAGGCAGAGACCCUCCUGAGGCUGAGAGUGGGGGUUCAGACAGAGCCCUUCUUGAAGCUGAGAAGUGAGGUUCAGGCAGGGCCUCUCCUGAGGCUGAGAGUGGGGGUUCAGGCAGAGCCCCUCCUGAGGCUGGGAAGUAGGGUUCAGGCAGAGCCCCUUCUGAAGAGAACACCGACAUGGAAAAUGAGAAAACAUGGAAGUGAGUAACCUGGGGGGGUUCUGAUGGUGAUAAAUAAAUGUCUUCUAUGGUGCCCAGCCUUGGGGAUGUUGACAUCAGUUACUUUGUGUUAGAGAGGUGUUAUUCUUACUUUCCACAUGUUACUUGUGUAUCUGCAUAAAUAAUGUUGUGAGAAAGCUUUAAACACUUGUUUUGUAAAAGUAAAUGAAAUAAAACCAGUAUGUUUUGGGGGA